AUGGAUUUUAGCCAUGAGGGUGGAGAAUACAAGGCCUUUGCUGGUCUAUCACACCAAGUUGUGUCACUAUCAGGAUGUCACUAUAUAGACCCUUGCACCCAUCAUAAUCACAUUGAGAUCCAGACUGGGAAUUGGAAGAAUCAACUUAAUGUCCUUGUUGACACAUAUUUGAAUUAUUGUAGUCAGGAUGAAGGCAAUGGUAUGCUGAGUAUUCCAGAGACUGUCAUAAUGCCUGAUGGGCUUAAUUGUCUCUCACUUGCUGACAUUGAACUAGUGGACAUGUUUGGUGUAACAACAUUACAACCACAACCAUUGCACACCUAUUCGAACAAAACACUGAUUUAUCAC